AUGUCACAAAUCGUGUACUUGGACGAAGAGAAAACGCGGGGGAGGUAUACCUACCCGAAUGGGAAUGUGUACGUGGGAGAAUUUAAGAAUGAGAAGUUUCAUGGGCAAGGUACCCUAGCCUUUAAAGACAAGGGGGAGUAUAGAGGGACCUGGGCAAACGGGAAACUUGUCCAGGGACAGUACUACUACAGUGACGGAUUGGAGUAUGAGGAGAGGUGGAAAUACCUUGUGGACUCUCCCUAUUUCUUUAAAGAAGAAAUUAACAAGAACGAAAUUGUUUUAGAAGAGGAAAAAACGAAUGCCUUCUUGGAUGAUAUAUAUGACAUAGGCGACGGGUAUUGCAAAGUUAAGGAGAGUCUCGUGUACAGGUUUGCAGAUGACAAGUUAGUCAGGCAGGUGAAUGCGCGAGAGAAGAGCUGGAUCGAAAAUCACUGUUCCAAGUGUUAG